GGCCACCUUAAUAAUUUAGAGAAGUUAAUCUGUUAGUGCUACUUCAGUGCCUUCAAACUAUCACGAUAUUGUUUCUUGUACGAAUUUGUUAGAGUGCGCUGGUGAUUCCUGGUGAUAUCCACCGAGUGUUCUGGAACGUUUACCGCGCUACUAAUUGUCGUCAUGGGGCGUGCAGAAGCAGAUAGUGAGAAAGAAAAGGGGAAUGACGCUUAUAAGAAAAAGGACUUCGAAAGUGCAAUCACACAUUACGACAAUGCAAUAAAACUUGACCCAACGUGCAUAACGUAUUACACAAACAAAGCUGCAGUGUAUUACGAGAAAGGUGAAUAUGAUAAGUGCGUGGAGAUAUGUGAAGAGGCUGUUGAGAUAGGUAGAGAAAACAGAGCCGACUUCAAAUUGAUUGCCAAAGCAUUCGCGCGUGCUGCUCAUGCUUGUGAGAAAAAGGAGGAUUAUCCUAAUGCAAAAAAAUAUUACGAUAAGUCACUGUCCGAAUCUAAGCAACCAGACGUUGAGAAGAGUGCUCGAGCUUUAGAAAAUCGUAUGAAGGAAAUGGAAAGGUUAGCAUAUAUUAACCCAGAGAUGUCGGAAAUGGAAAAAGUCAAGGGAAACGAAUGUUAUCAGAAGGGUGAUUACCCAGCUGCCAUAAAACAUUACACUGAGGCUAUAAAGAGAAAUCCAUCUGACGCCAAACUGUAUAGUAAUCGUGCAGCAUGUUACACAAAGUUAAUGGAGUUUCCUUUAGCGGUUAGUGAUUGUAAUAAGUGCAUCGAGGCAGAUCCGAAAUUUAUCAAAGGUUACCUCAGGAAAGGAGCAGCAUGCAAUGCCAUGAAGGAUUUUACUCAAGCAAGAAAGGCUUUUCGAUUCUCAGUCAAUCGCACCACUAUACUGAGGCAAACUUGCCCUGAGAAAAAUGAUCUGCAUGUCGCUUGAGAAUGUCAUAAGAGUCUCGCACUACUCGGUUAAGGUUGUGGGCAGAAGUCGAAUACAUCAGAAAAUUUCAUGUACUUGUUUAAACGAAGUGCUGGGUACAACUGCUGGUGAAAUGCAACAAAUAAGCUACUUGGCUGUAAAAUUAAUAAACAACGUAUUAGUGUGAAGAUUCGUUAACGCUGCAUGAUUUUUAUGUUCUUCAAUCUUUUAGGAAAGCUCUAGAGCUAGAUCCAGAUUGUUCGGAGGCUAGAGAAGGUCUCAGUCAAUCAUAUACAAAUGAUGACGAUCCAGAAGCUGCUCGCAAGCGUGCUAUGAACGAUCCUGAAAUAGCUUCCAUCUUGUCUGAUCCAGCCAUGCGCCUUAUUCUAGAUCAGAUGUCAGAUCCUACUGCACUUCGUGCGCACCUUAAUAAUCCAGAGAUAGCAUCCAAACUAAUGAAGCUCAUUGAUGCCGGCUUGAUUUCAUUUCGGUGAACCUUCCUUAUGAUAGUUCUGUGUCCAAUAAAUUAAUUCACGAACACUUUUAACUCUUUAAAGAAUGCAAAAUUCGAAUAUUCAAAUACUUUUAUCAGCCAUCAACUUCAGGAAAACAACUAGUUCAGAACCAACACUUUCUGCUUGCGGGAAUUUUGAUUCAUGUACAUUUAUACAAACAAUAAAUCUUGAAAAUACAGGCGAAUAAAGUA